AGGACACAUGACUUUGCAGAUUGUUAGCAGAGUGUACUUCUGUUUAAGCAGAUGAGAGAAAGAAAGCAGGAAUUUAAGGUUUUCUGCAACGCUUUGUUAGGCUAAGAAAAACAAUGUAGAAUAUUCUUGCUAAAUGCACACCGACGCAGUUUCCGCAGUUUCAGUGCACUCUGGAUUUAAUCUAAAAUGACACGGUUCUUGGAUCAGAGAAUUUUGCUGUUAGUAAUUUCAUGUUUAACGAGACUGCAAAGUACAAAGGUACUUUCAGAAUGGAAGAAGUGUGGCGAUCGGGAAUGUGAGACGGCAAUGAGCAGAGUUCAAGCCACUACAGACUACUUAGGGCCUGACUGCCGGUACCUUAAUUUCAAAGCAGGGGAAGAGAUAAUGGUAUACUCCAAACUUUCAAGGAAAAAUGAAAACUUAUGGACAGGAAGUAAAGGAAAGGAUUUUGGAUAUUUCCCAAAAGAUGCCGUGAAGGUUGAGGAAGUUCUUAUUGCAGACGAAGUUGAAGUGCUCACUAAGGAAGCUGAUUUUCUUUGUCUUCAUGGAGAUCAGUACGCUUUUGAAAAUGAAGACAACGCAUUAAAAGAUCACAACAAAGAAAGUGAAUAUUCAUCAUCUGAUGUAGAAUUAAAGCUGCAUGAAAAUGAACUCCUAAAAUAUACAAGAGACUCUAUGGAAAAGGAAGAAAGAGUUAUUUCAGUUUCUCUAAACGAUUCCACGGAAUCUCACACUCAGGAGGAGUCUGCAAGCAAAGAGUUUAUUAGAAAAAAUGAGAACAGACAAGAUGAGACUGAAGAGCCACAAAUGCAAAACAGUGUCCCACUAAAACCUGUUCCAACUCAGUCUAGUUGGAUUGCAGGAUGGUUCACCACAGAAAGUAAAAACAAUGAAGAGCCCUUAAAAGUCACUACUGAAUCUUUAGAAGAAAAUACGUACCGAGGCAGAAAACUAGCGGUAACUGAUGAAAAUUACUUACAGGAGCCAAAUGAUAAGGAGGAACAAGAACCUCCAGCAUCUAUUUGGUUUCAAGGUGGACUGACGGACUUUCUGUAUUUGGAGGAAAAGAAUGUGGGUGUUGAUUUAGCAUCAGAAAAUAAUGAUCCACAAAUCCAUGAGGCUUCUAGUGUGCCUGGACAUUCCAAUAAUCAACCAGAAACAGCACUCACAGAGUUAUUGACAGAAGAAGAAAAGACUGAGAGCCAAGAAUCCACAUCAAAUUGGUUUAAUUUGGGUUUAAGUAACGUUCUUAAUUUUGGCCAUACUGAGAAAGAUACAAUUGCUAUGGAAGACCAGCAAAGCAGAGAAACAGAGGAUGAGACAAAUAAGAAUGAAGAAGUGCAGACUUCAGACCAGAAAGAAUCACACACGGACAAGGAAUCAAAGGAGACAGUUAAAGCAGUGACAGAAGAAGAUGAAGAGAAUUAUGCACAAGAUAUGAUAGUUUCAAACAGUAACGUGCCAAAUUCUGGUGAGACACCAGCAAAUAUGCAUACCCUCGAUGACACCAAAAGCACCUCAAAUAGCACAGAAUCAUCUUUUGAUAUACAAACAGAUGACAAAGAGAAGUCAAAUGAACCUUACACUUCAGAAGAAGACUUGGUAUCAGAAAGCCAACUGCUGAAAAACACUGAAGCUGAAAAGAGAAAUCAAGAGUCAGAAAAAAACCAUGGCCAUUCAGGUUGGUAUACAACUUUCUAUAAUAGCUUUAUUAAUUAUAAUAUGAACACAAAUGAUAAUCAACAGGGGCAUGAAUCAGUUGUGUCAGAUCAGAUUCCUUCUCCUCCUAGCUCACCUCAGACUUGUGAUCCCUCAGACACAAAAAACAUAGAAGAAAAGCCCGACAUAGCUGAAGAACAGAGCCACUUCUCUUUUAGUAGUUUUGCAGACAUGCUGAUGUUUUGGAGUUCAACAGCCAAUGAAGAGCAAGUACAGAGCUUGCAAGAUGAGGUACUUUCUAGUGAAGAAACUCCUCAAGCUGAAAAUGCUGAUGAAAUACUACAAGGAAAAAAUAACAGAGCAAUGAAAUUACAAGCAAAUCAGAGAAAUAGUGAGGAAGGGUCUGAAAAAGAUGAGGAUGCAGUCCAAGAAAGCAGUCUCUCUUCCUCACUAGCUGUGCAAAAUAAUGAACGUGUUAAUGAAAAAGCAAAACAUAUUGUAAAAUUAGUUAGUGAUAGUGAUGCUUCACAAGUUUUGUCUGCUGAAACACAAGUACAACCUGAAGAAUAUCAAAACCAAUAUGUACCUUGGUUUAGUUAUUUCAGUGCCGUAGGACAUGUUUCUAAGAGUAGCGAAAGUCAGGAAAACACCAAUAUAAAAGGUUAUUAUAAUGAUGCUGUCUACAAAGACUCUCUACACUUACAUUCAAAAUUAAAUUUAGAAAAUACAGUGGACAUUGGAACUCGCCUGCAGGGAAAAUCAAAAAUGGAAACAGUUAAAACAGUGCAAAAAGAACAAAAUAACCUGAACACUUAUAUUCACCAGUCUGUAAACUCAGAAAAUGAUUUACAAAGUUAUGGGGAACUACCAGGAACUGCAGAUGAUCAUCUGGGUAUGAAGAAGACCCCACAUGACGGUGAGCAGGGUCUUACUCUGGAAACGUCUGAGAAAGGCAAACCAGUCAAAUGCUGUGACACAAAGCAAAAUUCAGCAUUGAAAAGCCAGUUCAAAAAGGAUGGUGAUGUAAAAGAAAAAACUCACAAACUAGAGAAUAAAAACAACCUGCUGGGGUUUCAUGAAAACAACAUCAAAGAUUUCAGUGAGGUUGCUGCUAAUGAUGAACAGGAUCAGAAUUCUGAGGAGUGCCAAGAAGUGCCUCCAGACCAACUUCUCUCUCCUCAGCACUCAUCUAAUCGCUUCAGUUUAAGAGGUACCAAAACUUCUGAAGAAGCUGGCGAUUUGGAAGGCAUGUGGAGUUUCAGAAUGGAAGGAGCAGGCAGUAGAAGAAAGCUACUAGAAAAAACACCAGAAAAGGAACAUGAAAUGAACAUAGCUGUAGACAGCGAAUGUGACGAUGACCACCAUUCAGAAGCCACAGCAAUUCCUUCAGUAAAUUCUGAAGAAAAAACGGACAGUUCAGUUGCUGACUCUCCAUUUGACGUCGAAAAGCCUUCUUUAGAUGCCAUCCAGAACUAUGUUCCAAGUAGUGGAGGCUGGACACAUCAGAUACUUCUAUGCCUGAAUGCUCUUGAGAUUGGGGAAUUGAUAAAAUCUGUAUUUUCAGCAGUAACAAGCAUUAUCAAAACCGCUUUGGCUUCACUGCCUGAAGUUAUGAGACCUGGUCCUGAUCUGUAUGGUUUCCCAUGGGAAGUCGUGAUUUGUACUGGCAUUGUUGGAGCCUUUACAAUUCUCUUGUUCCUGUAUAGAAGUUAUCAAUCAAUUAGAAGUCGACUUUAUGUAGGUAGGGAGAAACAGCUUGCUAAUAAAAUCGCUGAACUGGUUGAAGAAAAAUGCAAACUUCUUGAAAAACUCAGCCUUGGCCAAAAAGAGUUUAAAGAUUUAGAAUUGUCUCUGAAGGAUGGCAACAUUAUGAAAGAAUCCACAGAGGCAUCUGUUUAUAAGGAAAUGCUUGAAAAUCUGAAGAAGUUAAAGUUGGAACUUAACCAAGAAAUAGAGAAUCUAGAGAAAGAACUGAAAGAAGAAAAAUCUACGCAAUCAGAAUAUGGUAACUUGGAGGCUGAACUUCAGGAGAGAUUGGAGUCUUUAGAGAAUGAAGAAAAAUCUACCCAGUCACAAACUGAUGAGGCCAAGUCCACUCUAAAAGUAUAUCAGAUUAAUACAGAGAGACUCAAAACAUCCCUUCAAGAUGCAGUAGAUGAAAACUCCCAUCUCCAGGAAAGUGCAAAGCAGCUUUUCCAGGAAGCUGAAAGAUGGCACGAGCGAAUUAGUGAACUAAAUGAACAAAUAAAGAUAUUUUCAUCGUCUAAAGCAGAUGUAGAAGAAGUAUUGAAAAAUAAAGAAAGUCAAGUCAAGUCACUGACACAAUACUUACUGAAGAUGAAAGACUGGAGUUCAGCAAUAACAGAUGAUGAUGAAGAAGAUAAUCACUGGGACACAGAUAUUAAGGGUGAAACAGAGAAUGGAGAGCACUUAGAUGACCAGCAAAAACGAACUGUGAAGAAACUGAUCUAUGCUGCAAAGUUAAGUGCUCGUUUAAAGACCCUGGAAACUGAAAGAGAUCAGAUGUAUUCAAAACUCUCUGAUGAAAAUAAAGCUAAAGGAGAACUUGCAGAAUGUAUAGAAAACCUUCAAAGUCAACAAGCUUCCCUGCAGUCUGAAAAUGAUCGUUUAGAAAGUGAAGUUCAAAAGCUUCAGCAGAAACUUAAAGUAAUGACUGAGCUUUACCAAGAAAAUGAAAUGAAACUGCACAGGAAGCUGACAGUAGCAGAGAGGGAACGCCUACAGAAAGAAGAGAAGCUUUCUAAAGUAGAUGAAAAAAUUAAUCAUGCUGCUGAAGAACUAAACAGCUACAGACAGCGAGCAAAAGAUCUUGAAGAAGAGCUAGAAAGAACCAUUCGUUCUUACCAGAAUCAGAUUACUUCACUUGAGAAAAAAUCUCAUGAUAACUGGCUGACAGCCCGAGCAGCUGAAAGACACCUUGAUAAUAUAAAAAAAGAAAAUGCGCAGAACAGACAGAAACUAACUGAAGCAGAAUUUAAACUUGACCUUUUAGAAAAAGACCCCUAUGCUCUUGAUGUUCCAGUUAGACCAUUUGGCAGAGAGCAUUCCCCAUAUGGACCCUCACCAAUGGGCCGGCCCUCAUCUGAAACAAGAGCUUUUCUUUCCCCUCCAACUUUGUUAGAGGGUCCUUUAAGGCUUUCACCUAUGCUUCCAGGUGGAGGAGGAGGAAGAGGAUCCAGAGGACCAGCUGCUAUGAAUGAAGCUGGUAAUGAAAGAGGAGAGCUGAAUUCUGAUAGAUUAACUGAUCCCCACAGACCACCAUCAGAUACUGGAUCCCUGUCUCCUCCUUGGGACAGAGAACGCAGGAUAAUUCUGCCUCCACCAGUGUUAGGUGAACCUUACACUGAUCCAGCUCUUUCUCCUCAAAGACAAGAAGGAUUUUUCCCUAAUCCUCCAAGUACUGGAAGACUUUCUGGACCAGCAGAACUGCGAACUUACAACAUGCAGUCUUUUGAUAAAACAGAUGGACAAACGUCUUCAGAAAAUAGCCCACUAACAGAACCAAGUGGAAAUGAGAUGAAAGAUCAUUCUAACCCUAGCAAUUCACUACCUGAUCAGUCCCUGGCAUGUGAAAGUGAAACCAUCAGUUCAGGCUUUGCUCCUCCACCUUUCCCUCCCGUCAGACCUCCGUUGAUGCCUGUAGAUACCAGAGCACCUUUUGUGAGACGAGGACCUCCUUUUCCUCCUCCUCCUCCUCCGGGCAUGUAUGGACCACGUGAAUGUUUUCCAGUACGAGACUUUGGGCACCUGCGCCCUCCUCUGCCAAUAAGAAAUCAAUUUCCAAUGAGACCUUAUCCUCACUAUCCACCUCAAUGAACUGGAUUUUUGCCUCCACCAUCUGGAAAGAGUUGAGCCACUUCUGUCAAAUCCAUCAGCUGUAGAAGAACCAGAACCACAGCAAGGGACGUGACAGUCAGUUGAGUAAAGUGCUGAACAGUUUCUGUUCUCUUCUAAUGGCAUUUUUCCUUAUGUUAAGUCAGCGGUGUUACUUGGGUAUCUAUAAACUACUUUGCUCAAAUUGAAGCUUAAUAGAAAUUUCUCAGGAUAGUAUUUUGUAAAUAAAUAAUUAAAUGAGUACUGCAAAUAAGUGAUUUCUGA